ACCGCCACGAAGGAUAAAAAUGUCAAGUAAGUUUGAGAGCUUCCUCAAGAAGCUCGGUAUAGAGAAGCCUGAAGGUCAGGAGGAUCGUGUAACCCGUGGAGAGUCUAUAGCUAGCAACUAUGCAGACCCAUUCGUUGAACCAGAUCCUACGGUCACUGAAUGGUUCAAAGAUAAGCUCCCAGAUCGUCAUGAAUUGGGUCAAUACUGCUUGGAUUUAGUCCCUUUCACUCGCUGGAUACACAGAUACAACGUACAAUGGUUAAUUGGUGAUUUAAUCGCUGGUAUCACCGUCGGUGCAGUCGUCGUCCCACAGGGUAUGGCAUAUGCAGGUUUGGCUAAUUUAGCCCCAGAAUUCGGUCUCUACUCUUCUUUUGUUGGUGUUAUAAUCUAUUGGUUCUUUGCUACGUCGAAGGACAUCACUAUUGGUCCAGUUGCGGUUAUGUCUACCCUUGUUGGUGAAAUUCUCGAGGAAGUAUCACCGAAAUUCCCAGAUAUACCCGAUUAUCAAAUAGCAGGAAGUUUAGCUAUUAUUACGGGUGCCAUUGUCUGUUUUAUGGGUUUGAUUAGAGUUGGUUGGAUUGUCGAUUUCAUUCCUUUACCAGCUAUUGCAGCAUUCAUGACAGGUUCUUCUAUCAAUAUCAUAGCUGGACAAGUUCCUACACUUCUCGGUAACAAAAAGGCCACGAAUACUGAUGGUGCAACUUACGAAGUAAUCAUUAGCACACUCAAGCACCUUCCUGAAAGUAAUCUCAACGCUGCAAUGGGUGUAUCUGCACUCUUUUUGCUCUACUUCCUCAGAGAAACAUUCAACUAUUGCGCGAAGAAAUGGCCAAGGUAUCAAAAAGUCUGGUUCUUCGCCAACACACUCCGUACGGUCUUCGUCAUUCUGCUCUACACGUUGAUCAGUUGGCUCGUAAACAUGCAUCAUAGAGGUGUAGAUGGUCAGCCACCGCCAAAAUUCAGUCUUAUAGGAACUGUUCCGAGAGGUUUCCAAAAUAUGAACGUACCGGUCGUCAAGGCAGAAGUCAUUAAAGCAUAUGCUAACCACUUGCCUGGUGCCGUUAUCGUUUUGUUGAUCGAACACAUUGCUAUCUCAAAGUCCUUCGGUAGAGUUAACAACUAUACAAUCAAUCCAUCACAAGAACUCAUUGCAAUUGGUGUAUCUAACCUCAUUGGACCAUUCUUCGGUGCUUAUCCAGCUACUGGUUCAUUCUCUAGAACUGCUAUCAAAUCGAAGGCAGGUGUGAGAACACCAUUCGCGGGUGUUAUAACUGGUGUCAUUAUUUUACUAGCAAUCUACGCACUCACUGCCGUUUUCUUCUACAUCAGUAAAGCUGCACUUGCGGCUGUCAUUAUUCACGCUGUUGGUGAUCUUGUUCUUCCAAUUAGUCAAUUAUAUGCUUUCUGGAAGGUAUCGCCACUUGAUGCUAUCAUUUUCGUUGGUGGUGUUAUAAUUAUCAUCUUUACAACAAUUGAAAUUGGUAUUUACGUCACAGUUUGUGUUAGUGCAGCUGUUUUAUUGUUUAGAAUUGCAAAAGCACAUGGUGAAUUCCUUGGUCGUAUUAAAGUUCAAACAGUAGAUGGUCAAGACCAACGUAAUAUCUGGUUACCAGAGAACCAUGAAGAUGGCUCAAAUCCACUUCUGAGCGUACAAUCACCAUAUCCUGGUGUAUUCGUUUAUAGAUUCACAGAAUCGUUCAUUUACGCCAACGCAAAUCAUUACACUGAUGAGGUCGUCGAAUAUAUAAAGAAAGCUACUCGUAAAACAGAGAUCAAUAUAUUUAGUAAACCAGGUGAUAGACCAUGGAAUGACCCAGGACCAAGGAAGAUCGAUCCAGACGCAGUUGCCGAAGAUGGCAGGCCGACACUGAAAGCAAUCAUCUUCGAUUUAUCAUCCGUAACACACGUCGAUGUAACUUCCACGCAAGUCUUGGUAGAUGUCAAAAACCAACUCGACAGAUGGGCACAUCCUGACAAAGUAAUGUGGCAUUUCGCUGGUAUUAGAGACAGGUGGAUCAAGCGUGCAUUAGCUGCUAUUAAAAUGCACGAAACGACGACUGUCAAUGCCAAACCAUUGUUUAGUGUUGCUGAAGUUGGCCAUUUCUCAUCAGCAAACGACGCGACGGUGAAUAGUAAACCAGAGGACAUUGAAGCAGGAUUAAAUGCACAGAGAGAGCAAGAACAAGCUGAAGCAGUUAGAAGAGAUAGUUACGCGCGUUAUUUACCUGUUUUGGGUGUCGAUCGUUCCUUCCAUCCCGAUAUUGACUCCGCGGUCAGGGCAGUUAUUGAAACUCUCGAGCAGGAUCAGAUUGAUCAGGAAGAGCAGAAAACACAAUCAGACGUUAUAUCUCCUUCUGGAUAAAGGACCACAUUUGUAGGAUGCAAAUGUGUAGGAAAGGCUUUUUUUUCUUGAAUUACUUCAUUAGAACAGCACCAGUCAACUUAGAUUUUAUCAUCGCAAAGAAACUUUUAGCAUUUUUUUACAUUCAUCACUAUAAU